AUGUCUCGAACGUCAAAGAUAUUUCUUUCUUUCCUUGUUUCUGCUGGCUUGGUUACUGCUCAAGAAGUCGGUUUCUUUAAAGAUGCAUCCAUCUGCACCGACGCAAAGGGCCUUUCAACGUGCUACGACAAGGCAAAGACCAGCUGGACUAGCUGUGUGAACGACAAUUGCGCUGAGGGGAGUCAAGACUGUUACGAGGCUUGUGACGAGGAUAUGUCGUGUAUGGAAACACAAUGCCCGGAACUGGGGAUUGACUGUAUCAAUGCUUGCGCUUGUGUCCAAGCCAUCGAUCAGGUUGAUUGCAUUGCGUCAAGCUGCUGGAAUCAGGAAACAGUCCAAGUUAUUACCAAUACAUGCGUAAAGACAGACAUGGAUCAACUUCCCUUCUGGCCUUCUCCCGACGACACUUCCGCCGGAUGCUCCUGCAAUAUGGCCAAGACAUACAAGAAGGAACUCCUCAUUACAGAUCAGUUGUCUGCAUGUUCGAACAACAUGACCAACCUUAACCAGAUGUCUGUGGAUGAGAUGAUAGAAUAUACCCAGGCGUGUCUUUGCUGUGCUGAGAGUGCGGUUGUAUCCACGAUAUAUGAUACCUGUCCGAAUGCAAAACCAUCGCUGCUUGCUAUCGAUAGAUGGUAUGACUCCUUCCUCGAACCAAAUGAUUGGGAGUCCUGCGGUGACUAUCUUAAUGCUUGGGAUUGUGCUGGAGAAUUGGGAUUUGGUUCUGAAGAUGCAGGUGAGACUAAAACGUUCUACAAACCUGGGGGUUUGCCGAAAAAUGGGACUGAGACUUUGUCUAAUACUGGGUCUUUGUCCACGCCUGUGAGUGGAGUGAUAUUCACCUGGACAUUUGGAACGGAUAUCCAUGUUAUAACUGCUGUGUCUGCAGAUAAUGAUGUUGCUGCAGCUACAACUACUGAUUGCCAAGCCCAAACCGGUAGUGCGACGCAGACCGGUGCGACGAGUACCCAAAUUGGCAUGGCUACUGCUAGGGAGUUACCUGUGUGGACUGCACUGGUUUUUAUUUGUCUGAUUGGCUGGAUGCUCAUCUGA